CCGCGCGGCGGCCGCGGCAGGAGGGGGGGCGGAUGGCGGCGGCGCAGGGCUGCGGGCGAGGGGCGGAGCGCAGAGACCCUGUGGCUGCCAUGGCCGCCUCCCCCUCCCCGCAGCCUCCCUUAAAUACUAUGGGGCCGUAGCUGCGACGGGCGCCGCUGCCGAGCGCACCAUGCGGGCUGUCAUCGCCUUGGCCGCGGCGCUGGGCAGCCUGCUGCUGGGAGGCUGCCUCCUGCGCCUGGGCGGCCAGCAGCCCCUCCGCGCCAGGGGCUGGGAGGAGGACGCAGGAACAGCGGCUGUCACGCCGAAAGUGGUGCGAGCCCUCAGGUCACCCCUGACGCCCCCUCCUCAGACCGAGAACAGGUACGGGCUGGACGCCCGCAGAACAACUCAUAAUAAAAAUGGAAUUUACCAGUUUGAACAGGCUUCAAAAUGUAAGGCAAUUCAGGACAACAUUUUGUCCUCAUCUAUCAAGAAGAAAAGAUACUCAGAAGAUUAUUAUCUUCACAUAGUCACAAAACUGCAGAACUGCACCUGGGUAAGGAAACCAGAAGAAUCUACAAAAUUCAGGUCAGAAUUAGCUUCCUGCUGUGAUGCAGUUCACAAUUUUAUUGCUUCUCAAAACAACAGCCCACUGGGAAGUAACAUGAGUUAUGAAGUGGACAGUAAAAAGACUAUUCUCAUUACAGAGGACAUUUUUAAGAUGCUACCUGUGUCCUCUCCUCUUUCAGUCUAUCCCUUCAAGAACUGUGCUGUGGUUGGAAAUGGAGGCAUUCUGAAAAAUUCCAGCUGUGGAGCUGAAAUUGAUAGUUCUGACUUUGUGUUUAGGUGUAACCUCCCUCCAACCACAGGAAACAUUAGCAAAGAUGUUGGCAAUAAAACAAACCUUGUGACUGUUAAUCCGAGUAUCAUAUCUCAGAAGUACAACAAGCUAAAUGAAAAGAAGACAGAAUUUCUGGAAAACAUUGCAGUCUAUGGAGAUGCUUUUCUUUUACUGCCGGCAUUUUCCUUCAGGAGCAACACAGCCACUUCUUUUAAAGUAUACCACACUCUGAAAGAGUCCAAAGCAACCCAAAGGGCAAUAUUUUUUCACCCCACUUAUCUGAAAAGUCUUGCCCAGUUCUGGAGAACUAAGGGUGUGAAGGCCUACCGGUUGUCAUCUGGUUUUAUGAUCACUAGUGCUGCUCUUGAGCUGUGUGAGAAUGUGAAGCUCUAUGGCUUCUGGCCUUUCUCAAAAUCCAUGGAGAAGAUGCCAAUCAGCCACCACUAUUAUGACAACCAGCUGCCUAAGCCAGGUUUCCAUGCAAUGCCCAAAGAAUAUAACCAGAUCCUUGAGCUUCAUGGCAAAGGCAUUUUGAAGUUGCAGUUUGGUAAAUGUGAAUCGGACUAAAAAGGGUGAUGAUCCUAAGGAGACAAUUUGUGUAUAUCUCAGCAGUUCGGUGUUGGAUUUGAUCUGAUGUGAUUUUGUGAGCAUUAAACUGCAUAUAAUACAGUUCUACAAUAAUGCUACAAUAGAGAAAUAUUUUGCACUUGGGGAGAAAAGGGAGUGAUUUUUUUCACACAGUGACUGCUACAUUUAAAAAAUUUUGAGUGAUCCUUUUUUAAAAUACAAAGUAACCAUUAUCUGAAAAAUUCUACUCCUUACUGCUGGUUUAAUGGUAGCAAAGCACAAUCUCAGGAUGGUGGCAAUAUGUGACAUUCAUCAUGUUUUGCUUCUAGAGGAUCAUUAAAAUGUUUUGACAUAA